UCGUCAUGGAUUUAAUGCUUCACCUUCUCAGCCACGCGAACACGAUCCAAGCGGAAGAAAUGGCGUCGUCGUCCUCGUCGCGAACUCUGCUCACUGAGCGGCGCCUUCCUCUCCUCCUCAGCUUCUUCCUCCUCAUCCUCGCGAUCCUCCUCCUUCUUUUCUCCUCCUCCAGUUCGUUCAAUUACUUCCCCUCCGCCAAGGAUCUCCUUCCUUCCCCCUCCCGAUCGUCCCCUCUCCCGCCGAUCUCGAAGCCGGAGCUCCCAUCGAAUCCUACCUCCGUAGAGGACUUCGAUGAAACGGAGGCGGACCGCGACAAUGGAGAUGCGGCCGACGAGGAGGAUGUCGGAGGCGGCGGGGGCGAAGAGGAAGUGAAUAUCAAAUGGGAGGUUUGUAAGGGUGGUAAGACGUUCCAAGCGGCCGAUUACAUUCCGUGCCUGGAUAAUUGGAAUGCCAUCAAGAAGCUCAAGUCACGGCGACACAUGGAGCACCGGGAGCGGCAUUGCCCCAAGCCCAGCCUCAGGUGUCUUGUGCCGCUGCCGUCGAGGUACAAGGUGCCGGUUCCAUGGCCCAAGAGCAGAGACAUGAUUUGGUAUGAUAAUGUUCCUCACGCCAAACUCGUUGAAUAUAAGAAAGACCAAAACUGGGUACGGAGUUCUGGUGAUUACCUGGUUUUCCCUGGAGGUGGAACUCAAUUUAAAGAUGGCGUUUCUAAAUACAUCAAGUUCAUUGAGCAGAAUCUUCCAGCCAUCAAUUGGGGAGGGCACACAAGGGUUGUCCUUGAUGUUGGCUGUGGUGUUGCAAGCUUUGGUGGAUAUUUAAUGGAUAGGAAUGUUAUUACUAUGUCUUUUGCGCCAAAAGACGAGCACGAAGCUCAGAUACAAUUUGCAUUAGAGCGUGGGAUUCCAGCCUUUUUAUCAGUAAUUGGAACUCAGAAGCUGCCAUUUCCUGACAAUGUAUUUGAUUUGAUUCAUUGUUCACGCUGUAGAGUCCACUGGGAUGGAGAUGGUGGGAAGCCACUGUUGGAGCUCAAUAGGAUUCUUAGACCUGGAGGUUUUUUUGUUUGGUCUGCAACACCUGUUUACCGUGAUAAUGCGAGGGACCAAACCGUCUGGAAGUCAAUGGUAGCAUUGACAGAGUCUAUUUGCUGGAAGACAGUCAAGAAAUCCAUGUAUUCUUUGGGUAUUGGAGCUGUAAUAUAUCAGAAACCAAUCUCAAAUUCUUGCUAUGAGAAGCGAGUUGAAAACAAUCCACCUUUAUGUAAUGAGAAAAAUAGAGCUGGUAUUUCAUGGUAUGCUCCCCUUGAUAGUUGUCUUCCCCGCAUAUCAGUUGGGAGAACAGACAUACAAAACAGUUGGCCUGCCUCCUGGCCUGACAGGCUCAACGUUGGCUCAAGCAUAUCAGAAGAAAAUGCCACUCUUGACACAAAGCACUGGGAAAAGAUUGUAAAUAAUAGAUAUUUGCAAGAUCUUGCUAUCGACUGGUCCAACAUACGAAACGUGAUGGAUAUGAAUGCUGGUUAUGGGGGAUUUGCAGCAGCACUAGUUAACCAGCCUCUUUGGGUGAUGAACAUUGUACCUGCAAAUGGUCCAGACACUCUGGGGAUUAUCUUCGAUAGAGGACUUAUUGGAGUUUAUCAUGACUGGUGUGAAUCUUUGAAUACAUAUCCUAGGACAUAUGAUCUGCUACACUCCGCAUUUUUAUUUGAGAAUCUGAAAAAGAGGUGUGAUAUCCUAGAUGUUGCUGUCGAAAUGGAUCGUAUAUUGAGACCUGGUGGAUGGGUCUUGAUUCAGGAUACUGCAGCGAUGAUCAAAAAGAUGCGUCCCAUACUGCACUCUCUUCAUUGGAACACCACUCUCCACAAAAAGCAGAUUCUUGUUGGCAAAAAAAGUUUCUGGCGCCCAAAUGAAACAUCUACCUAACAACCUUGAGAUCCUUAAUCAUAUCAAAUCUCUCUGCCAGAUUUGUAUUUUCAGCAGCAUCCUGCAAAGGCAACAAUCGGAACUCCUAGGUGCUUCCUGUUGCAGAGCAUCAUUUGGAUCGACCUGUCAAUAUAUUUUCUAGAACAUGAAAUUGUAUUUGGUUGAGGUGAUUUCUUUCCCAUAUAUUUUUUUUUCUGUCUUUAGCUAACUACAAACUUAAAAUUAUGAGUUGCUAGUUAGUUGUUGGAUCUUUCCAUGUUAAUAAUUUUUGUUGGCACUAUAUUUGCUUAGUUUUGAAUGGCACGGAACAUUAUUAGCGAUACUACUUUGCAUAUUAAACUUAAAUCAAGUUUAUCGACAAGAUAAGAUCCACAUAGCUAAUUCUAAAUAGUUACGAUACGAGAGCUAUAUCAGUUUGACGAUGAUCCAAUAAACCACUUGGAUUUAGCAAAGUUAUUUUAAAAAAAAUAAAUCCCAUUCAUUAUCCUUUGAACUCUUGGAUAACAAUUGUGGUACUCUAAGCCUAUUAUUUUGAUGCUGAAGAAAAAUCCAUGUUGACUAAUCAAUGAGAAGUCAACGUAGACAUGAACUUUUAAAAAUCUACUUCAACCAUCCCUUUCAUUUAGUUAUUAUCAUCCAUUUGAAAGAUCAGUUCAAGGAAAUGUAACUACAAUUUUUCUAAGACAAAUAAUUGAAGGCAAAUUCAUGUUGCUUCUCAACAUUAACUCAUUUAGUUACUGUCAUCCAUUUUCUUCUACAAAAGUCUAAAGAUGUCUACUUCCAGACACUGAUAAUUUAGUUAAAAUCCACAUGGGAUGCUUUCAAAGUUGAAUUGGGAAUUCUAAAUUAACUUGGCUAGUUGUAUCAAGGAACAUGCUAUGAAUAUGAUCGAAUUUUAAUUUGUAUUUGAUCCAUCUGAUAAAGACUAAAAACAUUUAGCUUGAUAAAGCAAUCCACUAGCUCAUGAGAGCACGCGGCUG